UAUGAAUAGAAAGAAAGAAUCAUUUACUAAUAAGCUUAAAGAGAAAAUUAAAUAAGUAGAUAUUUUCGGUUAAUCCAUAACAUUAAGUUUUAGAUAAGAAGAAUAGCAUACAACUUUUGUUGGUGGAGUAGCUUCAAUAUUAGUAUUGGCAACAAUUAUCAGUUUUUUCUAUUCAAACAUAAUAGGAUUUUUUAUUAUGAAUUAAGUAAAAUCAUAAACAGAAAUGAUAUUCGAAGAUGACCCUGGUAUAAUUUAACUUAAUUCAAACUCUUUUAUGUUUGCUGUCUAAAUUGAACAUGCGAAUUUCGUUGAUUAACCAUUCUUUAAUAUUACAGUAGAACAAAGACAUUAUCAAAAUCAAAAUGGAACUCUUACAAAACUACCAAAUUAAUAUAUUGAUUUAGUAAUUUGCACUUAAGACCAUUUUCAAUAAAUAUUUUCAUCAUCAGGUAUUGAUAAUGCAGAACAAUUCAAAGACUUAAAUAUGACGAAUUUUCUAUGUCCUAAUGUUUAAAAAUAAAAUAUUUGGACAGUUGGAGGUACAUAUACAAGUAUAUUUAUUAUUAAAAUUAGGCUCUGAUUAUUACUUUUUAAAAUUUUCAGUAACGACUUGUGUAAAUGAUUCUUAAAGUAAUUUGAGUUGGAAACCAAAUUGCAAAACUCAGAAAGAAAUGUUUAAAUAAUUGGAAAUUUAGGGUUCCUUUAGAUUUCAAUUAUUUACAACUAAUUUUGUAACUAAAAUUAUUAUUAAAUUAAGAUAGUAAAUCCAGAUUCUCCACGAGAUUACAUUACACCGUAUCUAGCAAUUGAACAAUUUUAUACAUUUGUACCAAAUUAAAUGUUUGUUUAAUCUGAUAUUUUUUUAAGAGAAAAAAGGAUUAAUACAGAUAAAGGUAUAUUAAUGUAUCCAAUGAAUGUUGAAGAGAUUGUUGCUUACCGAGAACAUAUGGAUAGUAGAUAAUAAUUUGAAAUAGGAGGACUAAAUAGUAAUUAUUUUGCAGCAUUCUAUUUAUAAAGAAGUCCUUUUAGUUAUAAUAUUUCUAGAAGCUUUGUAACUUUAGAUGAAUUAUUAAGUUAUUUAGGAGGGUUUUCAUAAUUUAUGACUGUUAUUUUGGGGAUGUUAAUAAAUAUUUUUAAUAAAUAGAGUCUCUUAUUAUAAUUAGCAAAUGAUUUAUAUGAAUUUAAUUUCUAAGAAUAAUAAGAAAAUACAAGGGCUUUUAUAUCUAAUCUAUUANAAUUAAAUAAGUAGAUAUUUUCGGUUAAUCCAUAACAUUAAGUUUUAGAUAAGAAGAAUAGCAUACAACUUUUGUUGGUGGAGUAGCUUCAAUAUUAGUAUUGGCAACAAUUAUCAGUUUUUUCUAUUCAAACAUAAUAGGAUUUUUUAUUAUGAAUUAAGUAAAAUCAUAAACAGAAAUGAUAUUCGAAGAUGACCCUGGUAUAAUUUAACUUAAUUCAAACUCUUUUAUGUUUGCUGUCUAAAUUGAACAUGCGAAUUUCGUUGAUUAACCAUUCUUUAAUAUUACAGUAGAACAAAGACAUUAUCAAAAUCAAAAUGGAACUCUUACAAAACUACCAAAUUAAUAUAUUGAUUUAGUAAUUUGCACUUAAGACCAUUUUCAAUAAAUAUUUUCAUCAUCAGGUAUUGAUAAUGCAGAACAAUUCAAAGACUUAAAUAUGACGAAUUUUCUAUGUCCUAAUGUUUAAAAAUAAAAUAUUUGGACAGUUGGAGGUACAUAUACAAGUAUAUUUAUUAUUAAAAUUAGGCUCUGAUUAUUACUUUUUAAAAUUUUCAGUAACGACUUGUGUAAAUGAUUCUUAAAGUAAUUUGAGUUGGAAACCAAAUUGCAAAACUCAGAAAGAAAUGUUUAAAUAAUUGGAAAUUUAGGGUUCCUUUAGAUUUCAAUUAUUUACAACUAAUUUUGUAACUAAAAUUAUUAUUAAAUUAAGAUAGUAAAUCCAGAUUCUCCACGAGAUUACAUUACACCGUAUCUAGCAAUUGAACAAUUUUAUACAUUUGUACCAAAUUAAAUGUUUGUUUAAUCUGAUAUUUUUUUAAGAGAAAAAAGGAUUAAUACAGAUAAAGGUAUAUUAAUGUAUCCAAUGAAUGUUGAAGAGAUUGUUGCUUACCGAGAACAUAUGGAUAGUAGAUAAUAAUUUGAAAUAGGAGGACUAAAUAGUAAUUAUUUUGCAGCAUUCUAUUUAUAAAGAAGUCCUUUUAGUUAUAAUAUUUCUAGAAGCUUUGUAACUUUAGAUGAAUUAUUAAGUUAUUUAGGAGGGUUUUCAUAAUUUAUGACUGUUAUUUUGGGGAUGUUAAUAAAUAUUUUUAAUAAAUAGAGUCUCUUAUUAUAAUUAGCAAAUGAUUUAUAUGAAUUUAAUUUCUAAGAAUAAUAAGAAAAUACAAGGGCUUUUAUAUCUAAUCUAUUAUAAUAGUCAAGACAUGGAAGGGAAAUGAUAAAACAAAAAAGUUAAGGGAAAGAUAUAAAAAUCUAAUCAAUCACUCCUUUUACUUCUAAGCCCUAAAUGGAUUAAAAAUUAUCUUAAGUGAUGUCCCCUUAAUAAACUUAAAAAUAAUUUAUACAAAUUUAAUCAACAAGAUAACUUUAAAGUUUGAAAGAUAAAACUUAUGAUCAAUAUGAAAAAUUUAAAACAUUCAUGAUAAAUCAAAAGAAGUUAACUUUAGGAAUAAGGAUACUUUUAAGUGAUAUUUUGCCUUUUGAUUGUUUCUAGGACCCAGAAAGUGUUUUGUUUAAAAAAGCUAUGUAUUAUCCAUCAGAAUAAUUAGGAAUUAAGUUAGCAAAGAACUUGAUAUACGUUAUAUAAUGAAUUAAUUACAUGAAAUCACAAAACUAAAAAAAGUAAUGUUCAAUAGAGAAUAGUUUUAACUUUUUAAUUUCAGCCAUAAACCAACAAUAAGUUUGGUAAAGGAAAAGAAAAACAGAUUAUCAUCAAAGUAUUAUUUAUUUUAAUAUUUGAUAGAUUUAUUUAUUUGGGGGAAGAGGAAGCAGUGAAUAAUGAGUUGCAAAAUCAAUAUAAUACAUUAGUUUAAGCAUAUUCAAAAUUAACAUCAUGCGAUACACAAUUCUCUGAUGAUUAGACUUAAUUAAAUUAAAGAUUAAUCGGCCUUUUGGGAAGAGAUUUACCACUCUGGAUAGAAAUGGAAUUGCAAUAAGAAAAUUCAGAAUCCAUAAAGGAGCCUGAACCAGAUGAUUUAGAUGAAUUAUCAAAAACAUGA